AUGUUGAAAUUUUGUCGAAGAUUGAGACUCACUGAAUAUUUCGCGGAUAAAGAAAGUGAGGAGGACGACUCGUUAGUACGAAACAAAUCUACCUUUAUUCCAAAUACCAGAAGAAACAAGUGUUUAGAUGACUAUAUCGAAAAUGUGUCCAACUACCCACUUACACCAAUUAAAGUCAACCACAACUUAACUAAGGGCGAAAAGUCAGCACUCCAAAAUCUAAGAAACGAUAAAAGCAUAGUAAUUAAGCAGGCCGAUAAAGGUGGGGCAAUAGUAAUAAUGGAUUCAGACUACUAUAGAAUUAAAGUUGAAGAACAACUCAAUGAUUCGACAUUUUACUCAGAAAUUCCUGAUAAUAUAGAUAAUCUAGUCAAGAGAAGAAUGAAUAACGUACUGAACAAAUACACAACGGCCACUACGGAAAAAGAGUAUGAUUACUUGAAAAAUUUCGAAAGGAAAACGAGUAACUUUUAUGGCCUUCCAAAAAUCCAUAAAUCAAAGGAGAUCCAAUCGGCUAUUUAUUCUCAGCAAAACGAAUACAUAAAAGUGCAAAAACCGACGGAUCUUAAACUUAGACCCAUCAUUGCAGGUCCAGCAAGUCCCACUCACAGACUAAGCAACUUUUUAGACAUAAUUUUGAAACCAUUAUGUAAAUAUGUACCGAGCUAUAUAAGAGACGAUAUAGAUUUUCUCCAACACCUGCCAAAAAUAGCACCGGUUCACGCUCGUUCAGUAAGCUUCGAUGUCACACGCCUAUAUACGAACAUUCCACACGAUUUAGGAAUAGAGGCAAUACAAUAUUGGGUGGCAAAACAUCGAGAUGCAAUACCAAAUCGAUUCUCUGUUGACUUUAUACUCGAUUCUACUAAACUAAUUCUUGAAAACAAUUCUUUCUAUUUCAAUGGCAAGAACUAUUUGCAACUUCGGGGGACAGCAAUGGAAACAAAAUUUGCACCAACCUAUGCAACAUUAGUCAUGGGCUUCCUUGAACAAAGACUGUAUCAAAAAGUUGAAAAUAAUUUUGGAGUUGAAUUUGCAAGAGAAUUUGAAUUAUCAUGGAAAAGAUACCUUGAUGAUUGCUUCAUUAUCUGGAACAAAUCUGACGAGGAACUCCAACUAUUUUCAGACAUACUAAAUAACCUUCAUACCUCCAUAAAAUUUACGAAGGAUGAAAAUUUCAACCAAUUACCGUUUCUAGACAUUCUUGUUAUUAAAGAUGGCACUGAAAUUAAAACAGAUAUUUUUUACAAAGGUACUGAUACUCAUCAGUAUUUAGAUUUUAAUUCGUGCCACCCAUCUCAUGCCAAAAGGAAUAUCCGCUAUUGUUUAGCAAGAAAAAUAUGUACAGUAGUCGAGGAUGCACAUUUGAGAGAAGACCGUCUAGAGGAACUACAAUCAUUUUUGAUCAAGCAAAACUAUCCAGAGACUUUAAUAGAAAGGGGAAUUCAAAUGGCAAAACAGAUUCCAACCAACUACGCUCCACCUGCGAGGAGCAGAAUAAAUAAGUUGAGGAAACUGUUACCUUAUCAGUUCAAACUAUUUUAA